UUGGAGCACACGACAGGUGUUGCCAACUGAGUUCGUAUCUCGCUGUGCCCGCACCACGUCUUGCGAAUUUCUGGUGAAAUGACUUGGUAGGUUAUUGCGACGGCACUAGUAGGUUAUUGCGAUGGCACAAGUAGGAUAUUGCGACGGCAUUAGUCGGUUAUUGCGAUGGUACAAGUAGGUUAUUGCGACGGCACUAGUAGGUUAUUGCGACGGCACUAGUAGGUUAUUGCGACGGCACAAGCAGGUUAUUAGUCAGGCCACCUACGGCAUUUGUCCGCAUCCACGUCACUAGCCUUCCCAUCCAUGUCAAUGAUUCCCGCGUCCACGUCAUCAUCGUCUCGGUCCACGCUGUCGUGCUCCGCGGCGUCUGAGCCACUGGAGAUCGCCCUCUCGCUGCGCGCCGCAACUCCCGGCUUGUUUCAUGGCCACGCGAAGAAGAGCCUUCGCUUGUCUAAGCGGCUGUGCAAGGGGUGGACCUAUAUAGUGACCGCGGAGAACGCUCUUAGCGGGGAUGGAUUCGAUAAGGAGCGAAUGAUUCGAUUCGACAGGCGCGCGCACUGGGAGGUGCUGGCGGCGGUGAAGGAGCGCGAAGCCGCCGUGGCGCUGGCGCGUGGCGGCGUGCGGAGGCGACAGGUACCGUCGUCGUCCGAUCCGGCCGUCCACUGGCAUGAUAGCCCCGACCAGUGGAGCGAUCACAGCCGUACGAUUGAAUUCCGCUCGCACUUUCAGCUGGAGUCGCCGGGCUAUUCUACCGAGGCGUCCGUUAACGGGGAUGCGAAGGGCUGCGACGUGGACGACUCGAGGGGGUUGCUGGAAGCGUCACGAAAUUCGUCGAAAGGGCUCCGGCCGUUUGAGAGCGAAGUUACUGAUGUUACUCUUACAGUUGGCGAGAAGGAGUGGGAGACUGCGAGGAAGAUGGGUGUGAGCGAACCAAGCAAAAGCAGCAGAAGUGGCAGAAGUGACGAAAGUGGCAAAAGAGGCGAGUGCAGAGGAGCAAAUGAGGCGCUGAGGAGGAGAAAGAGGGAAGAGGAAGAAGAAGAGGGAGGAGGAACAGAGGAGGAGGAGAGUGAGGAAGAAGAUGAAUGGGAGGAGGUGGAGGAGGAGGAGGAGGAGGAUGAGCAAGGAGAGGAAGAGGUAUGUGGGGGGGAGGAGGGAGGGGAAGAUGGGAGCAACGGACAGGAGGUGGAGGAGGAGGAAUGGGAGGAGGAGGAGGAUGGGAAAUGGGAUGACGAGGAGAAAGCGUGGGAGAAAGGGGAUGUCACGGAGGAGCAGAGCCAAGAGGAGCUCGAGGAAGGUGAAGAGGAAGGCGAGGAGGGAUGGCGGGAGGAGGAGGAGGAGGAGGAGGAGGAGGAGGAGGAGGAAGAAUGGGAGGAAGAGGGAGGGGAAGAGGAGGGAGAGGAGGAGGGGGGAGAGCGAGGGUGCGUAACGCGUCCAUGGGAGAGCACAGUAACGCGUCCAUGGGAGAGCACAGUAACGCGUCCAUGGGAGAGCACAGUAACGCGUCCAUGGGAGAGCACAGUAACGGGGACGUGGCGACUGCAGGGAGUGAGAUGGAGCAAGAGGUGGCGCGCGAAUGGGGGGAACGCAGACCAUAUGCGAGAUAACCUGAUGCAAGCUGAUCUGUUGCUGGGGGGCCAUUCGCCAGCGGGGCAAGAGCAAGGCGGCAGGGAGGAGGAGGAGCGUCCGGCUGCUGGUGCUGCGAUGGUCGGCAGUGGGGCGGAGGGCCGCGAGAGCACUGAUGCAGAUCUGGCUCCAGACUCGCUGCACAGUGCGUUUUGGGGAUUGACUGGCAGGGCCGGGAAGGACGAGGAGGAGUCAGGGUCACAGGCGGGAGGUGAGGCCGCGGUGAGGGAUGGGCGGACAGAAGGCCCCGUGGACUCGAACGCUGCACUGCAGCUGCAGAGCGGAAUGAAGUGGAUCGAGGAAGAGGCACGUAACGCACUCUGUGAGAAGACGGCCCGACCAGACAGGAGGCCGGAGCAGCAGAGAUGGCGAGCGAGGGACCAUGAGAAGGGGGGGGUGACGGGGGAAGCGAAGCAGAAGCAGGCGGGGGAAGAGCGGCAGGAACGGUCAUCGGAGGUAGCAGGGCGGCGUCACUGGGGCAGCCACAGCGGCACCAUGAGCAGCAGCAGCAGCUACAGCAGCGACCAGUGCUGUCCGCGCCACAGCAGCGGCGUGGACAGCAGUGCAGCAGGCAGCAGCAGCAGCAGCAGCUACAGCCCCAGCAGCAGAUGCAGGUGCAGGCGCGCCAGCCACAAUAGCCGGAGUGCGUCUGACAGUGAGCCCACCAGGAGGGCCAGUGGCGCAUUUAGUGGCCCUUUAAGUGGCCCUCGAAGUGGCCCUCGAAGUGGCCCUCUAAGUGGCCCUCUAAGUGGCCCUCUAAGUGGGCCUGUGAGGGGCCCUUUCAGCGGCCCACUGGCGCAGUCAGGGAACGGGCCACUGGGUGCGAGAGUCAGGAGCCCGUGGCGUAAACUGCGGAACGGGCCUCUCAUGCAACAGG